AUGGAACUUGUAAAUGGUAGCUGGUUCCAGCCACCCACUCUCCUUCUAACAGGCAUUUCUGGACUGGAGGCUGUGCAAAUAUGGAUCUCUAUCCCACUGUGUGUCAUGUAUCUAACUGCCCUCCUGGGGAACUGCAUCAUCCUCUUUGUUAUCAAAACCACGUCCAGCCUUCAUGAGCCUCAAUACAUCUUCCUAUCUAUGCUGGCAACCACAGAUGUAGGUCUGUCUUUAUCAACUCUACCUACAGUACUCAGGGUCUUCCUCCUGAAUCGCAGAGAAAUUGAGUUCCAUUCUUGUCUAACACAAAUGUUCUUCAUUCAUACUUUCUCCUCCAUGGAGUCAGCCAUCCUGUUGGCCAUGGCCUUUGACCGAUUUGUAGCUAUUCGCAACCCACUGCGCUACACUGUGAUCUUAACCUCUCCUCGAAUUAUUGGGAUGGGAAUUGCAGCCGUGUUUAGGGGUGAUGUUGUUCUAUCACAUUGUUAUUGCUACCAUCCUGAUGUUAUGAAGCUGGCAUGUGGCCCCAUCAGAAUCAACAUCAUCUACGGAUUGUCCCUUGUCCUCUGCUCCUUCGGAGUUGACUCUGUGCUCAUUGUCAUUUCAUACAUACUUAUUUUGAAAACAGUGCUGGCUAUUGCCUCAGAAGAUGGUCAGUUCAAGGCACUUAAUACUUGUGUGUCCCACAUUUUCACUGUCUGUAUCUUUUAUGUGCCACUCAUUGUGCUGGCUCUAAUUCACAGAUUCGGUACGUUCAUGUCUCCUGUUCUCCAUGUCACCAUGGCCAAUCUCUUUCUCUUUUUGACCCCUGUCCUUAAUCCCUUGGUUUAUAGCCUAAAAACCAAACAGAUAAGAUCUGUAAUACACAAGGUAUUCAAGGGCAGGGGAAACUUGCUGUUGUCAAGGGUGGCUUAG